AUGAUGGAAGAAGCGCAAGGGAUGAUUCGCAACUCCCAAUUCACAGUCGAGUUCUCAACGUGGCCGCCCAACCUGGACUUUCGCAAUCUCCAAGAGCGAGUUCUGAUCACGUUGGAGACAAUCUUCUGUCAAGAAGGAAAGGAGGAGGAAGAGAACGAACAGGGUGUUUGUUUGCUCAAGAAUCACAUUGUGGAAAUGGGUGACGGCGAGAGGAGCUUACAAGCGGAAGACACAGUGUUGUUCAUGGCUGUCAAAGACUUUGAAGAAGACUACGACUAUUCGACUUAUUCGGACCCCCUUUCCUGGUCUGCUUGGUCCAUUUCGUUUCUCGUCGUGCGAAUGGGAUCUUCUAUCAUUGAGAAAGUCGUCGAAUCCGACAUGGUCAACACUACAGAAGUCGAACUAUCUGCCGAGAGCAUCUAUGAUGCUGGCAUGGACUUCUUGGAAGCUAGCAUGACUUUCGAAGUCAAUAAAAACAUUCUGGAGGGAACCUUUGAUCAACUCAUGAAUCAAAGAACCGCCAUGGGAACCCGAGUCGUUACCAGCAUUCCAGGAGAGGAACAGGAAACAUUCCACCAGUUACAAUACCCCUUCAUGUCUGAGUCAUCUUCCACCAACUCCCCAGCUGGUACAAAGGGCGAAGAGGACGCCAGCAGCGACGAAAUGAUGUACAUUAUCAUCUUCUUUGCUGGCUUGGGAGCCGGAUUGAUUGUCAUUGUUGUCUUGCUGAUAAUCACGUGCUCUCGACGCUGUAAAGCAAACGAGGAUAGCUCCGAAAACCAUGUCAAAUCUAUGGGAGACAGCACCGACAAGGACAUCUCCAUUUCACAGUCAGGCUCCGUGGAACGGAUAAUCGUCUUGGAUACAUCCAGUGGUUCCAUUGAUCAGAACGAUCCUCUUCGACGUAGCCUCGAAAACCAGGUGAUGAGUCAAGCUGAAGAAGAACUUGCCAGUCCUAUGGGUCGCCACCGACGUUCCGACUCGGGUUCGAUAGCAGAUUCGGUUUCAAUGAUGACAGAAUCUGUGGCCAGCCGAGUCGAUUGGUCGGUAGCAGGCCAAACAGUGGCGUGGGCCUAA